AUGGUCAACGAGUUGAACGAGAGUAGUUGCUCAGUACUGGGGACAGGAGAGGGGAUUUCAAGGCCAAUAAGCCCGCCACAGACAGGGAAUCAGAGGGAGCCACCAGUAGCGACGAACCCCACCAAAUACGGCUACGCCUCUGAGUCCCCCACUGCCACUGAUGUCAAAACACUGGUCACACUAUACAAUAGUUUCAACAAUAGUACCAACCAAAGCUUCAAUAGUAGUCAAACAAAUCUAGUCAUACUUAACAAUAGUAAUCUAGUCAAUAAUCCUCAAAAUAGCAACAACAGCAAUAGCAAUCCAAUUGAUAUCAGUGGCGCUGAUGCGCGGGCUGACUCGCCACUUCCGAUUGCUGGCGCCGCCGACACUGUUCAGGCAAUAAUUAAUAUUAGCAGCAUAAAUGUCAUACCAGACAAUAGCACCCUAAAACAUACACCAAUUCACAAUAAUUCAAUUCAAAUCAUUUCAACCAAUCACUACAAUAACAAUAGAAAUAUCAAUAAUAAUAACAAUAGCAAUAACAAUAGUAACAAUAGCAAAAUGCCUACCCUGAGCAGUAUCGCUGGCGACAAUGAUCGGAACAACAACAACAACAAUGAUAUAUACGGCCACAGAUACUCAGCUGAUACGAAGAGGAUAUAUAAUUUCACCAUGAUAGAACUCCCGGGUGAGGUUCAGAGUAUUCUUAAUCUAGACUCCAACUUCGGUUUCCCAACAUCAAAUGACAAGCUUCCAUUGGUGAAUAUAAUUAAAGAUCUUGAGGGGUGUGUUAACGGAGUCAAGGAUGAUCAGUUGUCGAAUGAUCAACUUUCAGAGUGGAGGAACAACUUAAGAACGAGAGGGGUGAACAUUGUGAUUAAUUAUAUUAAAAAUCGACGUGUGAUAAAGAGAAAUCAAAAACGACAUAGUAGGUUUAUUAAGAAUAUUAGAGUCACUAAAAAGUUUCUCACACUACAGAAAGAGUUGUUGGUAAUGAGAUCAGACAUAGGGAACUCGACUGUGGUGAUGUACAGGGAAGAGUACCAGAGGGAGAUGAACAAACGUGUCAAUGACGAGGAAACAUAUCAGAAAACUGGUCGUGAUCCAACGUUGACUGCAGGACUUGGGCAUCAAAUUAAUCAGAAACAUAGUGGAGAAAGACCCGACUAG